UUUCAUCAAUAUCAUCCUCUCCAAAAAUCACCAUUUUUUUAUUCAUUUAUUUGUUAUAACUCAACAUGAGAAUCAAGAAAUCAUCAAAUUCUAGUUGGUGGAACUGCUUCAAGGGUCAAGAGCCCGAGCCUGAGCCUGAAACGGAGAAAAAGGCCGAACCGUUUACGUCACUGAACUCGGUCAAGAGAAUCUCGUAUACGGAUUUAAGCAGUUCGAUGCUGCUAUCGGAGGACAUAUCGAAUUCUUUACCAGGAUCAAACCUUUAUGUGUUCACCUUAGCAGAGCUUAAAGUCAUCACACAAACUUUUUCUUCAAGUAGUUUAUUAGGUAAAGGCGGGUUUGGACCGGUUCACAAAGGGUUCAUAGAUGAUAAACUUAGACCGGGUCUCAAGGCUCAGCCUGUGGCUGUUAAGCUCCUGAACCUAGAAGGUGCACAGGGUCAUAAAGAAUGGCUGACAGAAGUGUUGUUUCUUGGACAAUUAAGACACCCACAUUUGGUAAAGUUGAUUGGAUAUUGUUGUGAAGAUGAACACAGGAUGUUGGUUUAUGAGUACAUGCCACGUGGCAGCUUAGAGAACCAACUCUUUGGAAGAUUUUCUGUCCCUAUUCCAUGGUCAACACGAGUGAAAAUUGCUCUAGCAGCUGCGAAAGGACUUGCAUUUCUUCAUGAAAUGAAAACCCCUGUCAUAUAUCGUGAUUUCAAAACAUCCAAUAUUUUGCUUGACACCGACUACACCGCCAAACUUUCGGAUUUUGGUCUAGCAAAGGAUGGCCCGGAGGGAGAAGAUACACAUGUUUCUACUCGAGUUAUGGGCACGCAUGGCUACACGGCUCCGGAAUAUCUCAUGACAGGUCGCCUAACAGCAUCAAGUGAUGUUUAUAGCUUCGGAGUUGUACUUGUUGAGCUUUUAAUGGGUCGAAAAACAAUGGACGAAAGUCGUCCAAAUCGAAAACAGAACCUAGCUGAGUGGGCUAGGCCGCUACUGAAGAGUGCUAGGAAACUCAAUCGCAUACUGGAUCCAAGACUUGAAGGCCAGUACUCAGAGACCGGUACCCAAAAAGUAGCCGAAUUGGCUUACCAGUGCCUUAGCCAUAGACAAAAGGAAAGACCAACCAUGAGCAUGAUCGUAGACACCCUCGAACCGUUAACAAACUUUAAUGACAUGCUAGGAACUUUUGUGUACACGGCACCAACCGUAGUCGAGAAUCCAAAGAAGGAAAUGCACAAACAUGGUCAAAAAGACAACAACGAAGUCCACCACCACCAACACGAUCGAAGACACCGUCGAACUAAAUCUCCAACGGUUCAUUCCGAGCCAGGUUUAAAUAGAAAUCUUAGCACUAGGACGAACUUACCAGAGUAACAACACAAAAACAAGCAUGUAACAUAACAUGUACAUAUAUCCGCAAGGAUAAAUUUAUAAGUUAUAAAUAUGUAUCAGACGAAACUGUAACUUUUGUCCUUUAUGUUAUCUUAUGUUAUUGACUGGAUCAUUUAUAUAA